AGUUUGGGAAGGAGAACUUUGGAUGGCAAGGGUCUGGCCACCUCCUUGAUAUGGUGCUCCCCUGGAGUUCCCCAUGGGACAGUGUAGGGAGAGUCCCCCAGGCCACACGGAAAGGAGCUGGCCUUUGGAGGAAGGAGAGAAGGCAGUUUGUGCUGAAUCAGGAUGGUCCAACCAGGGGUGGGAGCUGGAGGCCCCAGCCCGUCCUGGGGGGUACUCGCCAGCCACAAGCGGGUCUCAGUACUGGACUGGGGCCCCUAAUGAAGGACACAUGGCUGUCCAUUCUCUGUGUCUAAGACAGGAGGCACAUGGCUGCCUGUGGAGAGUCCCCAUUCCAUGGGAGAGGCAGUUCCUAACUUCAGGGGGUCCCCUGUCAGAGAGAGAAGAUCUAUAUAGGGGAUCAAUGGAGGUAUCCCAAAUUCUCCAUUUUCCAGUGGUUGGGAAUGGAUGGAUUUGGAAACGGGAAUUGUAGACAAAUGGGAGGAAGGAGGGCUACCUAGGACAGCUUUCUGGAGGAAGUGGCAAGGAGGUCCUUGUCAGAUAAGGCAUUAUAACCCAGCGAUGGAAUUUGGUUCUUUCUAAGGGACAUUUUUCCUUUGCAUCUGGCCUUUGAGAAUGGGAAGAAAUAUUUAGAUCUUGGCCACAUGUCUUCAAGAAUGGCAGGAGGGUUCUUGGAGGCCCUGAACACCCCACACCUUAUUUCCUGCUGGGCCAGGGUAGCCAUGGUUGGGGCCGCCCUAAUGCUAGCCAGUAUGGGCCAACUCCCUUCCCUCCACCCCAGUCUCCUCCGGGCAGUGUCCUGUCCCCCAGGAUAGAGCUGAGAGGGAGGAGACCAGGGUCAGGCUAGAGCUCCUCCUCUUAACUCCUGCAUCUCAGUUUCCACAUCUGUAAAGUGGGGCCACUAAGAUUCCAAGCCUGGCCGGCUCACAGUGAGCAUAUGUCUGCGAAGUAACUGAAGAGGAGGAGUGGAUUGUGCGUGACCUCUCUUCAGCUGCAUGGAUCCCGCUUCCUUACCUGGCCUCCCACCAAACACAGUAACAAAACAGCCCUGUCCCUGCACACCUCUUCCCAGAACAUCUCCAUGCUUCGGAAGCUUGACUGUCCACUGUUCUGCCUCGAGCACUGCUCCCUCCCUCCCGAAUCUGUGUGUUUGUCAAGAACCGUGAGGUCCGUGAGCAGUGAGAUCCUAGAACAGUGGCCCUGCUGGUGGUGCCAGCUUCCUGAGCAGCUCAUGUUCAGAAAAGCAGCUCACUUGAGUCAUGGCUUCUUCAAAGCUCCGAGACCCCGCCGAUGAGGUUUUUGACCUGGACUUGGCUGUGCCAGAGACCGCCAGACUGGACAGCAGUUUACACAAGGCCCGGGCCCAGCUACUGGCCAAGGGCCGGAGACACCGGCCCUCCCGCUCCAGGCUUCGGGACAGCGCCAGCUCUGCUGAGGAUGGCGAAGGCUCCGAUGGGCCCGGAGGCAAGGCCCCAGGAGGUCCCAGACGUGCUCGUCUCGGGUGCAGCGGACAGUGUGCCCUCCCCCAGGUGACGGACGGCUGCGGGAGCCCUCUGCACCGGCUGCGCUCGCCUCUGCACGCGGGUCCGGGCUCCCCGGCCGGCGGCUCUUUCUGCCUGGAGCCUCCGGGGUUGCGCCGCAGCCUGGACGAGGACGAGCCACCGCCCUCGCCGCUCGCGCGCUACCGGCCCCUGCACAACGCCGCGUCGCACGAGGGCCUGGCCGGCGCCUCGGGGUCGCCGCCACGCUCCGCGCCCUCCUCCGACAGCUCCCCGAGCUUCGUGCGCCGCCACCCGCGCGCCGAGCCACACAGCGAAGAUGACAGCCGGGACACCAGCCCUCCUGAGCCCGCCAGCCCCACUAUCAGCCUGGAUAAGAAGACUCGCCGGAAGUUCCUGGACCUGGGGGUCACCCUCCGCCGGGCCUCCACUGGCAAGAGCCGGAAGGAGAAGGGCAGCAACCGCCUGUCCAUGGGCAGCAGGGAGUCAGUGGAGGGCUCCGGCAGGUCAGGGGGUUCACCGUUCCUGCCUUUUUCCUGGUUCACGGACAGCGGCAAGGGCACAGCAUCCUCAGGCAGCACCACCUCCCCAGCCUGCUCCCCAAAACACGAGGGCUUCAGCCCUAAGAAGUCAGCCUCCCAGGAAUCCACCCUGAGUGACGACUCCACACCACCUAGCAGCAGCCCCAAGAUCCCAAGCGAACCUCAAGAGGAAGUCAAGUGCUCCUACCCCUACCACACCCUGUCCCAGUCUUCAGAUGAGUUCCUAGAUGAGCCCCUCCCUGCUGUCCAGCACUGGACCAGCCAGCAGGUGGGCCAGUGGCUGCAGAGCCUGAGCCUGGAGCAGUAUGCUGCCGAAUUCGCUGCCCGGCAGGUGGACGGGCCGCAGCUGCUGCAGCUGGACGGAAGCAAACUGAAGAGCCUGGGCCUCAGCAAUGCGCAUGACCGGGCACUGGUGAAGCGGAAGCUGAAGGAGCUGGCGGCAGCCGCGGAGAAGGAGCGCAAGGCGCAGGAGAAGGCAGCCCGGCAGCGAGACAAGCUUCGGCGGCGUGAGCAGGAGGCCAAGAAGAGCUAGGGGUGGGCAGGGCACGCAGCACUGGGCACGGCACCCCCUGCUCGGCUCAGCUCGGCAGGCGCAGGCCUCACCAGGGAGGCUGGGCCUGGGCCGGGCUUGGGCUGGCCUGGCCUGGCCCACAUUCUCGGGGCACGUGCUCCUCUCCCCGUCUGGACCCAGAGUCCCCCGGAGGGAGACCCCAGGGGGAGGGCCCGAAAUAAACCCGAUUUCCAGGACUUGCUUGGCACAGAGCUCCUGGGGGAGCCAGAGGAAGGGGAGAGGCAGAGAGGCCCAGGCUGAAGCAAGCCUGAGUGCCCGCGGGUCCAGCUGACCCUCUGCCUCCAGCCAGGGUGGCGCUGGGCCAGACAUGAGCUGCAGCACUUGCCUGCCUGUGCCCUAGGGGUCCUGGGACAGGCCAGGGGCCGCAGGCUCCAAGAAGGCCGGGCGUCUUGGCAGGGGUAGGUGAGAGAGCUGUAUCCCUCUGAGGUGGCUGCGGGGUUCACUGGGCACUGUAGCUAGUCACAGCCAGGGUAGAGUCCCAACCAGCUCCUCCACGGGACAGCAGAGAGCAGCAGGGGGUGUCGGGGAGGGGUCCAGCCUCUGGGGACCUCUGGAGGGACAGGAGGCCAAAGACCCUUUCCCGGUCCUGCGGGUCCCUGUGGGUGGGAUGGCGCGCCCCCCCACACACCUGCCCUCCUGGAAGGGCUGUUUGGCACUUCUUUGACCUGCUGAGCCAGGUCCCGCUUCUCCUGCUCCCGCAGAGUGCUCCUGAGCCCUCUCUGGGGACACAGCAAAUGAGGGAGCUGGAGGGGACAGAGGGGUCCCCUCCCCACCAGCCUUCACCCCAGCCAGGCAGAGGCAAAAUCUGGGGUGUCACCUAGUAGCUACUGGAUUGGAGGGGCUCAUUGGCUGUCCCCCAUCUGCCCAGGCCACUGUUCAGCCUUAGUGCAGGCUCUGGCUCCCUAGCAGAGGGUAGAAUUUACCAUCAGCCUGGGGAUGGCAUCUGUCCUUUUUAGGAGAUGGCCAGAGACAGCGCCCAGGGCUGUGCUGACUAGCUGCUAGCUCCAUUUCCGGGGACACUGGUCAGUCGCUGGUGGGGCCUGGGGGCUUCUGAUAGGAGCCCUGUCCACCCCUCCCAUGUGCUGGAGCAGUAGGCAGGAUCAAUGCAUGCGGACACAUUCCUUCCUGCCCAGGGCUGUGGCUUAGGGCCAGGCUCUGUCCCUGAGAUCAGCCCUUUUUUCCCCUUGGCCAUCUGUGCAGAGAGAGGGACUUCAAAGGGACAUUAAGAUACAGAGCAUGGCACCAUUGGGCCUGGCGGGGAGGCUGGUCAGGAGCCAUAGUAGGUGCCCACCUGCAUGUGGGGGGAGGCAGUCCUCAGUUUCUCUCAAUAAACACUUACGAUGUGCCAGUG